AUGGACUCCUUCCUGAUCAUUGCCAUAGAUUUUGGUACCGCAUUCGCUGGCUAUAGUUUUUAUUUUAACGUCAAUACAGGGAGUCAACCUCAAAUCAGGGUUCCUCGUUGGGGUCAGAACAUUGGCACAGAAACCCUGAAAACUCCUACCUGCAUUUUGUUUGACGAAAAUGGAAAAUUUUUAAAAUUUGGUUAUGAUGCUAUGAUGUCAUACACAAGGCAGUCAUCUAAAAAUGUUGCAAAAAAACAGUAUCUUUUUAGCAACUUUAAAAUGGAGCUCUACAAUAAAGAAAUCCACAGAGAUAUGACGAUUACAGCAAAAAAUGGGAAAACAAUGAGUGCUAUGAAAGUUUUUUCAGAGAGCAUAAGCUUCUUGAAGGAUCAUGCCCUCAAAAGUGUUGAAAAGCACACAAGAGGAAAGAAAUUCAUUGCCUCUGAUGUUACCUGGGUCUUAACUGUUCCAGCUAUCUGGAGUGGAGGAGCCAAGCAAUUUAUGAGGGAGGCUGCAGUACAGGCUGGUCUGGUGACAGAAUUUGCCUCUGAGCAGCUGAUUGUUGCCCUGGAGCCUGAGGCUGCAUCUCUAUGGUGUAAAGAACAUCCUGCUGAUGACCUCACAGCAGAGGGACAAGAUACACUGGAGCAGAAACCAGGAACACAAUACAUGGUUGUGGACUGUGGAGGUGGAACUGUUGACAUUACAGUACAUGAAAUGUUGAAUGAUGGCUACGUAAAGGAGCUGCACAAGGCCUCAGGGAAUGACAUGGGUGGCCAGACAGUGGACAAGCACUUCCAAGCCUUUCUCAGAGAGAUAUUCUCUGAUGAUGUUUUUGAUGAGUUUGAGAGAGAGUAUCCUGGAGAACUGCAGAAGAUGAUGUAUGAAUUUUCUUUUGUUAAAUGUUUAGAUGACGAGAUUGUGGUCCCAUGCCAUAACUCUCUACCAGAACUGGCAAAGAAAAAACAAGACCUAGCAAGUUACUUUAAAGGAGUUUAUGGUGCUGAAUGGGAUGAUGGCUCUAUCUACAUCUCACAGGAAAAGUUCAGGUCAUUUUUUGAUGCAAGUCUUCAAAGUAUAGCUGGCAAAAUCAGGGAAAUCUUGAGAAAUCCCAAAUUAUGUAUAAAUCAGUUAGUUUUAGUAGGGGGCUAUGCGUCAAGUCCAAUCUUGCGCAACUUCAUUUGCAAACACUUUAGCGCUGAGUACAAAGUGACCUGCCCUAGUGAUGCCCAAACAGCUGUUAUGAAGGGAGCUAUAGAAUUUGGGAAAAACCCAAAGAUUGUGAGGUCACGCAUUAGUGUCCUAACUUACGGAAUUGGCGUGUCGGAAGUUUUUGAUCCAUCAGUUCACCAGCCAAAUAAAAUACGAGUAAAUGAACUGGGUGUAGCAUACAGUGAUGGCUGCUUCCACAAACUUGUGGAGAAGGGAGAAUCAGUGGACUGUGAUGAAAUUAGACAGAUCACAUUUUAUCCAACAAAAAGCUCUCAGACUGAAAUGCACUUUCCUUUUUAUAGCACAGAGAAACAAAAUGCCAAGUAUAUAGAUGAGUGGGGACUGGAAUACAUUGGCUUAAUCUCAGUUCCAAUGACCAAUAUUAGUAAAGGUACUAACCGGACAGUCAGAUUAGAAAUAAAGUUUGGCUUCACUGAAAUAUUAGCAACAGCAAGAGACGAGGACUCUAAUAAGACUGAGUCAAUCAAAAUGGACUUCUUGAGCAAAUGA